AUGGUUUUGUACGGACGCUCUCUUGCUGCUGGCGUUCGCGGCGUUCUUGCUGCCGUGUGCUGGUGCUGGAGUUUGUCGGUGCCAGGGGUAGCAUGGCGUUGUUGGGGUUCGAACACAAAUUUACGAGACGGUCGGUGGGUGAGGCGCGCUGUCAGACCAAGAUGAGAAUGUAACGGAUGGAUGUAGAGACGGCGAGCGGUUGGCACGAUGGAGGGGUUAAAUCCGCGAGGUUCUUUCUGGCCGUGCUCUUAUUUUCACGUUGUUGUUGGUUGCUGAGAUGCAGAGCGGUUCAGAAUCAACAUUCUGGUUUGCAAGAUGACGGCUUUGGCUUCCAUGGGUGUUUUCCCGGGCCUGCCUGCUGUAGCUGGUGCUGUUGUCGCCGCGCCUGGCGAUUAGCGAGCACACCAUCAUCAUGUGGUCGGUCAAAUUGUUCACCCUUGUUUUCGUUUGCUUCGAUUUCGAGCAUGGUUUCCUGUUGUUGUGUCGUUAUUGAGGAAAUUUGGGCCUGUUUAUGUCCUCUUGUUACCGUUUUGUGUAAGUUGAUGGCUCAAGCAGUCGAGGAUUGAUUUGUACCUGUCUGUCGCGGGUGGUGUAGAGGGUCAGGUGGGCGAGCAAGAAGAAGGCAAUCUAAUUGUUGCGGGCGUCAGUAUAGUAUUGGUGUGCGCGUCGUUGUUGUCGUACGUCUGAAUGCCGCAUGAAGCAUUAUCGAACGAG